UCAUUUCUCAUUUCUCGUUUCUCGUUUCUCGUUUCCCGUUUCUCAUUCCCAGUUCCGCGUUCCGUGUUCCUCGUCCCGCGUUCCACUGCUUGAAGAGUCUCUUUGUCUGCUGUUCUCGAUGGACAAAGAUAGAACCAGAUUGAAUCGGAAUCGGACCGAGAGCGAAUCGAAACCAAACUACGUAAUGAUUAUCUGUUGUCUGGUGGGUCUCCUAAGUGUCGCCCGCGCGGGAAUCAUCAGCCCAGCAGCAGCUACGGUGACAGCAGCAAUUCCGACGCCAGCCGCGGCCACCGUCGUUAGAACUGAAAAUUACGAUCCGCAUCCACAGUAUAGUUUCAGUUACAGCGUAGCCGAUGGCUUAACAGGUGACAACAAAGCCCAAGAAGAGACUCGUAACGGCGACGUAGUUCAAGGCAGUUACAGUUUAAUCGAACCGGACGGUUCGCGUCGAGUGGUGUCGUAUGCCGCCGACCCUAUCAACGGAUUUAAUGCUGUCGUCCAGAAGGAUCCCAGUAUUACGGUGAAAACCGCGGUUGCCGCUGCACCAAUCGCAUCUGUCGCACCUAUCGGAGCAGCCUUGCGACCCGUCCUCGCACGACCAGCAUCCGUAAUAGCUGCAACCGCGCCGGCUGCCGCCGCUGCCGUCGCUGUUCGCCCACAGUUGUUGGCGGCAGAACCAGCCGUAGCCACCACGAAUCUAGUAGCAGCCAACGCCGGGCUACUAGGUCUCGGCGUCGGACUCGGAGGACUAGCAGUGAGACAAGGAUCGUUAUACGAAGCGACCGAAACGCAUCGUCGUAGAAUAAACGGGAAAAAGGCAGUACCGUUUACGUCGAUACUUCGCAAAAUUGUACACUGUAUACUCGAAAACUAUGGACUCGGAGUGUUUUCCCGCUCAAGAACCAUACUUUGGAAAUACUGUGGACAUUCUUGACAUUUGUCCAGUAAGGGUUUCUCGUCGAGCGAUUUCCACGCUCCACAACAAUUCAAGAGAGAAUUGGGUUUAGAACUUGGGUUUAGUCGAGUCGUUGUCAGUUGCACAAAAUGAAUACAUCUCGUUUUCACAGAAUUGCAGUUGCUAUUUAUUGCGGAUGAAACCCUUCGAACGAUUUAAAAGAGAUAUCGCGAGGAAUUUGCGUAUACGUUACACUCUGACACAUCAAACAAAAUUUCUCGAUAUUCGAACUUGUCGCACUCGGUCAUUCCUUUUCUCAUAGUACGUCAAUGUAAAUACAACACUUGAUGUCGCCAAUUCGAAACUCGUUCUUCGCUGUCAAGAAAAGCAACACGUACCACGUGUUUGAAUCACAUUAAGACAAACAUUAUACAAAACAGCUACAAUUCAGGACGGAAAUUAGAACAUGAAAGAUUCGAUCGUACCUACUGAAAAAGAAAUGCAAUAUCUUCUGUGCAUCGAUAUACUCGAACAACCAUUCGUAAAAAAUAAUAUAGAAAGAAUGAAGACUUGCGAUGCGAAUUGACGAUUGAGAUUGAGACUGAGAUUACGGAACAGUUCUCUAGCAAAUAACUUUAAGGAAAAUACAACUAUACUACAAGUCCGCCGCAAACUGCUACAGGAUGAACAAGGGAAACUAGCGUCGUUUCUAGUCGCCGCUAAAAGCGAGACGUUAAACGAAAUUAACUUGGGUGCACCUCGAUUCACCAAUUUUAUGUGAAACGUACCCAAUUUCAUAUCCGCAUACGUACAAGUUGUAGUAGUAUGAGGAAAAUUCGAAAUUGUCUUUCAAUCCCAUCGCUUCGCAUCGCAUCACAUCGCAUCGCAUCGCAUCGCAUCGCAUCGCAUUCACUGUACCUUCGGCAGGUCGGCGUUACAAUUCAAAUGACUUGUAUUCAAAUAGUUUUACGUAAAAUUGAACUGAGGACAAUAAAGAAAAAUAAUCGAUGAAACAUGUAUGAACAAGAAUUCCUCAAUGUUUAUUAAAAUAUCACUGUUUGAUCAAAUUUUUGAACUUUUCAGGGCCUGAGAAACGAGCGCGAUAGCCGUGAAAAGAAUGUACAGAAAAAUAUAAAAGUAUCGUUGAAACGCAAUGAAAAACUUGGAUCGGUAUUUGACCGAGAGACCGGAGCAUUUGCUGUGAUAACGAUACGACUAACCGGAAACUGACAUUAAACUCUUCGUAUCGAUCAGGUUAGUAUGAUUUCUGCUGCACUUUUGCUACUCGAAUAUUCUUCAGCCGAUUUCAAAAAGAGCAAUGUAACUAUAGUUAAGUACAUGCGUAUACGUUACACGAUCUAAGCACCCUCCAUUUACGUUCAGCGUGAACAUUUCUAUUCCAAUUGUAAUUGCAAUUAUUUAAAAGAAACCAAUCCAGGUACAAUAAAGUUACAAUUAUGUACAAAUUAGUUGUGUAUAUAAACAUAUAUGCAUUUAUGUCUACAUAUGUAUAAAUAUACUUGCGCAUAUACGUCUCACUCUCUGAAUCUCUCACUCUCACUCUCACUCUCACUCUCUCUCUCUCUGUCUCUCGUACCCUUCCACUGGCUCAUCCGCCAUGACUGAUUGUGCGAGCCCGAGCGUGCACGCGCAUCGUGUAUUUUUGUGAAGAAUAUUACGAAUAUGAAUAAACAUAAAAAUAUGCACGAAAAGAGGAAUCAGAAUUAAGAAUGAGAAUGAAAACGAGAACGAGAACGAGAACGAAAAUGAGAGAAUGAAAAUGAGAA